UUAAAUCAGACCCCUCUUUCAUCGUUCAAAAAAAGACCCCUCUCUCUCUUUCUUGGGCUCAGCCGCACUGCUCUAUAUGCAUCUUCAUCUCCGUCGUCGUCGCCUAGGGUUUCUAGGGUUUUCAGAGCCUCCGCACUCGUCUCAUCCAAGCUUUUCUAGGGUUUUCGGAGCUGGAUUCGCUGUCUUUUCUCCGGAGAAUCUCCACGCGCCGCUAGUUCAGUGGUUUUGUUGAUUACAGGGGAGUCUCUUUCUCUCUUUCAUCGGCCCAGCCAUAAAGCUCCGGUUUUCGAUCGUUAAAGUUUUCAUUUUCUGAAUAUAUGGUAUGAGUUCUUGCUGUGGUGGUGUAUGGUAUUGCGAUACGGUCCGAUUAGGGCAAGGCUGAUAGUCUAUAUGUAUCUGUGUAUUGGUUGAAUGGCACUGGGGGAUUUAAUGUCGUCUCGAUUUUCGCAAUCUUCAUCGGCGGUUUCGAAUCACUUAGACGAGUGUUCGAACCACGACGACAUGGAUUUUGUUGGGCAGAGAAGGGAUAGGGAUUUCGACACUGCGAGUAGUAGUUAUGGCAAUGUCACUACCACUACUACCAUCACUACCACUGCUACGAGCAUGGCGUAUUUGCCCCAGACUAUUGUUUUGUGUGACCUGAGACAUGAAGCUUUCGAGGAUUGUGUUCCGGCUGGCCCGUCUGAUAGUGGGUUAGUCUCGAAAUGGCGGCCCAAGGACCGUAUGAAGACAGGAUGUGUCGCGCUUGUUCUCUGUUUAAACAUUAGUGUUGACCCACCUGAUGUAAUUAAGAUAUCUCCUUGUGCCAGAAUGGAGUGCUGGAUAGAUCCAUUCGCUAUGGCCCCUCAAAAAGCACUUGAAACUAUUGGGAAAACAUUGAGUCUUCAGUAUGAGAGGUGGCAACCAAGGGCCCGCUACAAGACCCAAUUAGAUCCUACCGUAGAAGAAGUGAAGAAACUUUGUACUACGUGUCGCAAAUAUGCCAAGUCUGAAAGAGUUCUGUUUCAUUACAAUGGACAUGGUGUGCCAAAGCCAACUGCUAAUGGUGAAAUUUGGCUGUUCAACAAGAGUUAUACACAAUAUAUCCCAUUACCGAUCAGUGAUCUUGAUUCCUGGUUGAAGACACCAUCGAUAUAUGUUUUUGACUGCUCUGCUGCGGGAAUGAUUGUCAAUGCCUUCAUAGAGCUUCAGGAUUGGAGUGCUUCUACUUCUUCUGGAUCUUCCCUGAGGGAUUGCAUUCUGCUUGCAGCCUGUGAAGCACAUGAGACUCUUCCUCAGAGUGCAGAAUUUCCUGCUGCUGAUGUGUUUACGUCAUGCCUCACCACUCCCAUCAAGAUGGCAUUGAGAUGGUUUUGUACUCGUUCAUUACUUCGUGAAUCUCUCAAUUGUUCACUUAUAGAUAGGAUUCCUGGCCGUCAAAAUGACCGGAAAACACUUCUAGGGGAACUAAACUGGAUUUUUACAGCAGUGACUGACACAAUUGCCUGGAAUGUUCUCCCACAUGAUCUUUUUCAGAGAUUGUUCAGACAAGAUCUGUUGGUUGCUAGUCUGUUUCGGAAUUUUUUACUUGCUGAGAGAAUAAUGCGAUCUGCAAAUUGCUCCCCAAUUUCAUAUCCUAUAUUGCCGCCCACCCAUCAGCAUCAUAUGUGGGAUGCCUGGGACAUGGCUGCUGAAAUCUGCCUUUCUCAACUUCCAGCUUUGGUUGAGGAUCCUGAUGCUGAUUUUCAGCCAAGCCCUUUUUUCACAGAACAGUUAACAGCUUUUGAGGUGUGGCUUGAUCAUGGAUCCGAACAUAAGAAACCUCCUGAGCAGUUGCCUAUUGUUCUUCAGGUUUUACUUAGUCAAUGCCAUCGGUUUCGUGCUUUAGUGCUUCUUGGAAGAUUCCUCGAUAUGGGGCCCUGGGCUGUGGAUCUGGCCUUGUCAGUUGGAAUUUUUCCAUAUGUUCUAAAGCUGUUGCAAACAUGUACUCCAGAGCUACAGCAGAUUCUUGUGUUUAUAUGGACAAAAAUCUUAGCACUUGAUAAGUCAUGCCAGGUUGAUUUGGUUAAGGAUGGGGGGCACACAUACUUCAUAAGAUUUCUAGAUAGUGGAGAAGCAUAUCCAGAACAGCGUGCAAUGGCUGCUUUUGUUUCGGCAGUCAUCGCUGAUGGACACCGACGAGGUCAGGAGGCAUGUAUUGAAGCUGGUUUGAUACAUGUAUGCUUGAAGCACCUUCAGAGUUCAACUCCAAAUGAUGCACAAGCUGAGCCCCUAUUUCUUCAGUGGCUUUGCCUUUGUCUGGGAAAGCUGUGGGAGGAUUUCACAGAGGCGCAAAUAAUUGGUUUGCAGGAAGAUGCCCCUGCUAUAUAUGUUCCUCUGCUCUCUGAGCCCCAACCCGAGGUGAGAGCGUCAGCUGUUUUUGCACUGGGGACCUUGCUUGCUGUUGGAUUUGACUCAUCCAGAGAUGCUAUUGGAGGAGAUGAAGAAUGUGAUGAUGAUGAAAAAAUUAAAGCUGAGAUUAGUAUUAUUAAGAGCCUUUUAAAUGUUGUUUCUGAUGGAAGCCCACUUGUACGGGCAGAGGUUGCUGUAGCUCUGGCACGCUUUGCCUUUGGCCACAACAAGCACUUGAAGUCAAUUGCUGCGGCGUAUUGGAAACCUCAGUCUAACUCUGUGCUUAGUUCCUUGCCUUCUUUGGCCAUGAAGGGUACAGGAAGUGGUUAUACUACUCCAACUCAGUACAUGCCACAUGGAAGUAUAGUUCCUUCCCAAAUUGGUCCUCUGUUGAGAGUCGGUGGAGACAAUCAAUCAGCAGUUCGAGGUGGGAGGGCCUCCUCCAGUAGUCCCCUCAAUACUUCUGGAAUAAUGCAUGGAUCUCCACUAUCUGAUGAUUCAUCCCAACAUUCAGAUUCUGGCAUGUUCAAUGACUGCAUGAGCAAUGGGAUUGUAAACCAUACAAGGCCGAGACCUCUAGACAACGCAUUGUAUUCUCAAUGUGUAUUGGCUAUGCUUACAUUGGCCAAGGAUCCAUCACCACGUAUUGCCGGCCUUGGUCGGCGAGUACUAUCCAUUAUUGGGAUUGAACAAGUGGUGACAAAAUCUGUGAAGCCUACUGGCAGCAGUGUUCGGCUGGUUGAACCCACAACUCCAAGUCUUGUUGGCCUGGCCCGUUCAUCGUCAUGGUUUGAUAUGAAUGGAGGACAUUUGCCCCUUACAUUUAGAACUCCUCCGGUUAGUCCUCCGCGACCUAGUUACUUAUCAGGAAUGAGAAGAGUUUGCUCGCUAGAGUUCAGGCCACACCUAAUGAAUUCUCCAGACACAGGAUUAGCUGAUCCACUUUUAGGUUCCGGUGGAGCUUCUGGGAUUUCAGAGCGUAGUUUUCUUCCACAAUCAACCAUCUACAAUUGGAGUUGUGGUCACUUCUCAAAGCCACUUCUUACAGCAGCUGAUGAUAGUGAGGAAAUGAUGGCUAGAAGAGAGAAGAAUGAAAACAUCGCCCUUGACAACAUUGCAAAAUGCCAGCAUUCUUCUAUGAACAAAUUGCAUAAUCAAAUUGCAAGUUGGGAUACAAAGUUUGAGACGGGUACCAAAACAAUUUUGUUGCAACCUUUCAAUUCAGUUGUGAUUGCUGCAGAUGCGACUGAACGAAUCAGAAUAUGGGAUUAUGAGGAUGCUACGUUGCUCAACAGUUUUGACAAUCAUGAUUAUCCUGACAAAGGAAUAUCAAAGCUCUGCCUUGUGAACGAGCUUGAUGGCAGCUUGCUUCUUGUUGCUUCAUGUGAUGGGAAUGUUCGGAUUUGGAAAGAUUACGCUUUAAAGGGUAAACAAAAACUUGUAACUGCAUUCUCUUCGAUCCAAGGUCAUAGACCUGGUGUGCGAAGUGUGAAUGCCAUCGUGGAUUGGCAGCAGCAGUCUGGAUAUCUGUAUGCGUCUGGUGAACUUUCAUCCAUUAUGAUUUGGGACCUGGAUAAAGAGCAGCUUGUUAAUUCUAUUCCUUCCUCGUCAGAAUGCAGUAUCUCAGCGUUGUCUGCUUCUCAAGUUCAUGAUGGUCAAUUUGUUGCUGGUUUUGUGGAUGGCUCUGUCAGACUGUUUGACAUUCGAACACCUGAAAUGCUUGUAUGUACAACAUGGCCACACACCCAGAGAGUGGAAAGAGUUGUUGGGGUUGGCUUUCAACCUGGGCUUGAUCUGGGAAAGAUUGUCUCUGCAUCUCGAGCUGGCGACAUUCAGUUCCUCGACAUCAGACGACAGAAGGAUACCUACUUGACAAUUGAUGCUCACAGGGGCUCUCUUACAGCUCUAGCCAUUCAUCGGCAUGCGCCCAUUAUUGCCAGUGGCUCGACCCAACAGCGUAUCAAAGUCUUCAAUUUGGAGGGUGAACAACUAGGCAGCAUCAGAUACUACACCACCUUCAUGCCCCAGAAAAUAGGUUCUGUAAGCUGCCUCACCUUCCACCCCUAUCAAGUACUUCUUGCUGCUGGUGCUGCAGAUGCUUGUGUCUCUCUCUACGCCGAUGAAAUAUCUCCCACAAAGAUGAAUUAGACAUAUAUUCAAAUCUCUGGAAAGCCCUAUGGUCCAGAGAAGGCAGCACAGGGGAACAAGCUUACAUUAAACCGUCACCAAUGUGACUUGGUGUACAGAAGAAAAUCAUUGGGUUUGACUGAUUUCUGUGUCUGCUCAAAUUCCCCUUUGCAGUGAAUAUUUCUCGAAACAUAGAUUGGGAGCUGUGUCCAGAUUUUAUGGUAUAUAUUCAUUAGCCUCCAGUGUUAGAGAGGGUCAUACAAGUUGGAAAGAAAUUGGGUAUAUUUGUUGGAGGCUUUGGCAAAUAAAUAUGAUGUGUAGGCAAAAAUGGUGUAAAUAUAUUUGAUCUUUUUAUUUUUACUUUCUUCUAGUCUCUCUCUCUCUCUCUCUGUAUCUCCUAUUCUGGUGUGUUCUGUUUCUCUGUUUUUCUUUUCUGUUCACGACCCCUUUGUUCAAUUUGUAAAAGCAGAAAAUCCCAUUGUCAUAAUUUAAGUUUCUUUGAGAGGCAUCGUUAUUGGCC